AUGCCACGCGGAGUCCCCAAUAACCACAGGCGCGAGAUGUGCUGUGAGCUUCUCAUCAACACUCCAGGACUAUCAUUCUCCCAACGCGCCAAAGAAAACCCCCAGUUUCGACAAGCCUGUACAAAAGUCUUUAGCGGUGCAGCUCCGCGACCAGACAUGACCACGACGGAGGCAGAAGGCAACAUCUGCGAGUUCUUAAACGAAUGCGACAACCAUUUCCACUUCCUCACCAUUUGCCCCUACCACAGUCUAUUAGCCCCGUGCGCAUGUCGAGAAACCGUGUUUCGAUACUACGAUCGCAUUGCCAAUUGUCUCAGAAAGUCUUGGGGAAGACCUAUUGAUCCUGAUGACAUCAGUGCUAUAGUCGAAGCAACCUUGUACGCUCGAAUCGAGGACAUCAAGAAGAAUGGGAUCUGGCGGGUAGACAACCUCAUCCUACUCAAUGUUCAUAUUCUUCUCUGCGGAUUCUCGGAGUUCAAGAAUAGCCAUGGCUAUCGUCCUGUGCGUAGUCUGUUUUGGACUGUCACUGGUGCUAUUGAGCAGAAACAAGAAGCUAGAAAGAGGAUGGAAACGCUUCUCAGGCAACGACAGGUCAGGAAUAUCAGGUCUGUCCUGGGGGCUGGAAAUCUUUCUGCAGCAUAUUUGGCUGACACUAAGGAAAAGUUUGUACCGCUUCUGAAAUUCUUAUUGCUGUAA